CUCGCGCAAGUGCCUGGGCUCUCCCCAUGGCUCCGCCCACGACCCGCCCCGGCCCGGGCCCCCUCCCUCAACAUGCACUUCCGGCGACGCCUUAGCGCUGACCCCCACGCAACCCAGCGAAACUCGGCGGAGCGCGCGCGGCGCGAUGGACGGUCGGGUGCAGCUGAUGAAGGCCCUCCUGGCCCGGCCCCUCCAGCCCGCGGCGCGUCGCUGGAGGAAUCCGAUUCCCUUUCCCGAGACGUUUGACGGCGAUACCGACCGGCUCCCGGAGUUCAUCGUGCAGACGGGCUCCUACAUGUUCGUGGACGAGAACACAUUCUCCAACGACGCCCUGAAGGUGACGUUCCUCAUCACCCGCCUCACGGGGCCCGCCCUGCAGUGGGUGAUCCCCUACAUCAAGAAGGAGAGCCCCCUGCUCAGUGAUUACCAGGGCUUCCUGGCCGAGAUGAAGCGGGUCUUUGGAUGGGAGGAGGACGAAGACUUCUAGGCCGGGAGACCCCUUGGCCUGGGGGCGGGUGCUCUGGAGAGGGUCCGCUGUGCCAGUGGCCACUGCUAGGGUCUCCACAGGCGCCCUCCCUCCGGGCCUCCCUCCCCCUCGAGCCGCCGCGAUGUCCCCUGCGCUCCUGUUCCCUCCCGCCUAGUGCUUGCCUUUGUUCCAGGAAUAGCGCUCCAGGCUCCUGCUGCAGCUCCUGAGCCUCACUCUGGAGUGCGCUGCCUCCGCCCUUUUUUGCCAGCCCAGCCCCUCCCAUGCACAUUUGGACGCUGUCCUGCACUCCAGCUGCAAGCUGGGCUCCUGUUACAUACUGGACACACCACCCACAGCCGCUGCUGCCAACCCACCUCCACUCCUCCAGACUGCCAGCCGACUACAUCAUUCUGCCCACAGACCUACGCUACCACUGCCACCGCCAUCCACCUCAUCUCACCAACAGACUGCCGCUCCUAGUGAUGUGGACUCACCUCGGAGGUAUCUGAGCUGGACACAGCCCCUGGACAGUGAUCCAGACAGCUGGCCACCCCCCAAGGAGCUUGUCACCUUCAGCGAGACCCAUUUCCUCCCCAUCCCCAGAGACCUCUUGUGUUCCUGCCACAUAGCUGCCAGGGUUUAGGUGUGCCUGGCAACCAAAUCAAAUCUCUCAUUUUCUCCUGUGGACCAGUUAGUUUUGCCUAGAAUCCUGUUUUCUUCUGAAUUUGCAGCUGUCUCUCUGAUGGGUGCCUUUUAUUCAACACAAUAAGCCCUGCUCCCUGCCCUGCUCUAAUACACUACCUGUACAAAGGUUUUUUCCUUAUUUUUAAUAAAUGUCAGACACUAUUAAAUAGA